CUCAUUCCUCUUUCAGUCCAGUGACAGUGGUCACACGCCAUCAUGGUAACCAGGUGGGGAAUUUGUAGUGCUGGGAAGAUAAGUCAUGACUUCACAGUUGGUCUGAAGUCUCUGCCUCCUGAAGACCACCAGGUUGUUGCAGUGGCGGCCCGUAAUUUGAAGCAGGCACAAGAGUUUGCUCAGACGCACAGCAUCCCUCGCGCAUACGGAAACUAUGAGGAUCUGGCCAAAGAUACCGAGAUUGAUGUGGUGUACGUGGGCACUAUUCACCCCUAUCACCUGCCAGUGAGUGUGAUGCUGAUGAAGGCCAAGAAGAACGUGCUGUGUGAAAAACCCUUGGCCAUGAACCUGCGGGAGGUGAAAGAGAUUGUGGCGUGUGCCAAACUGAACAACAUCUUCCUGAUGGAGGCUGUGUGGACCCGUUUUUUCCCAGCCUCAGUGGAGAUCAGUCGUCUGCUGACCCAGGGGGACAUUGGGGAGGUCAAGGUGGUGAGAGCAGAUUUCGGUGUCCCCCUCAGAGACGUGCCUCGUUCUGUGGAGAAAGAGCUUGGGGGCGGAGCGUUGCUGGACAUUGGCAUCUACUGUGUGCAGUUUGUGUGUAUGGUGUACAAAGGAGAGAAGCCAGAGUACAUCCAAGCCACAGGCGUGUGUCUGGACACAGGUGUGGACGAAGCCAUGGUCGUCACUCUGAAGUUCUCUCAGGGUAGGAUGGCGGUGUGCACCUGCUCUCUGGCUGUGGAACUUCCAAAUGAUGCCGUCGUGGUGGGAACAAAGGGAACCAUCCGAGUUCCAGCCCAUAUGUGGUGCCCGACGUCUUUGGUGGUGAACGGAAAGGAGACACAGUACCCCGUCCCCGAGCCAUACAUCCCCCUGAAUUUUAUCAACAGCACAGGCAUGCGCUACGAGGCUGAGGAGGUGCGCCAGUGUUUACUCAAAGGUCUGAAGGAGAGUCCACGCAUGUCUCACGCAGACUCCGCCCUCCUGGCAGAGAUUAUGGACGAGGCGAGGCGGCAGGUGGGCGUGGUCUACAGCCAGGACAAGCAGUGAGCUCCACCCAAUCACAGUCCGCUAGAUCAUCCGUCCAUGUUUUCAUCCCCUCAAUAAAACACAAGGUCUAAUGUCCUCAAACA